GGGCGCGUAAAAAAAAACAUCACGUUAUGUGACGUUGUGAAACAUUACUGCCUUGAGCUGACAAAAGAGCCAUCUGGCAUCUUUAUAGUAUUUUGCCUAUUUUACCCUUUGAUAACUUACUGAGAAGAUGCUUCCAGCACCUGCAGUCUUUCAUUUCCUUUGGGAAGUCAACUUUGGUGCAGUCAAGGAGGGAGAUUCAGUGAGAACAUUUGGAAGAUUAGUGAGUUACCAACCAGAGGAAUCGAAGGCCACACUGUCUAUCCAGCAUGCAGCAAGACAGCACCAAGUUGUUGUUCAGACUACAUUUGUGGAACCCUUUGACCCCAUCAUUGGAGCCCAGUACAUAGUUCUGGGCGAGAUUGAAAAAGCAGAGGGAGGUGAUGGUGUGCUGGUCCACGCCCGUGUGCUGAACUGUGUGGAUGGGGUGAACCUCGCCCUGCUGCAGAGAGGUGUCAAUGAACAGAGGAGCUACUUCAGAGAGAGGGGGGAGAGCAAGGGAGAUGCUGCUACUGCUGCUCAGCCAAGUGCUCCUCUCUGACCUGGACCCAAAUAAGAAUGAAUCUGUCACAACUGCUGCACUGAUACAGUGCUACUGGUGUAAAGUUAUGAUCCAGGUUGAAUUGAAUGUUCUUUUGUACAUGUUGUAAUGUUUAUAUGACCUGAUUUAUACCUCAGAUGGAUUGUGUCAAAAGGUCAUAUUUUAUUAUGGUUGGGACAUUUUCCCCAUAUAGCCGAUUACAUGGACAUGUCAAAGAUUGAGACUGUGCCUCUGGCUAAUGUAGAAUGGCAAAGGGUGGAAUUACACUAUAAAAAGACUGAGGAAAUCCUGAUGGAUACAUGAAAGCUGCUUGUUCUGGUGCACUGUGAAGUCCUGCCUUUAUUUGUCAUACGAUAUCAGUUCUGGAAGACACCCACUUCCUGCUGACAGAGUUAGGCAGGUUCACUGAAUGUUGGGGUCAGGUGUAUGAAGUAGAUCAAGAAAAUGCAUACUUACAUUCUUAUUGUAGCUAAGAUAGAAUGUUUGAUGUGGCCAUUUAUGCAAUGGUUACAUUUUGUGAAUGAAAACCGAUAUGUAGUUUGGAAAUGUAUCUUUGUGAGAAACAUAAAUUCUUGAUUUGAUAUUAGAUGUA